AAAAUUGUUUUAUUUCAAAUGAUUUAAUUAAUCUCAUUUGAAAUUAUUUUACCGCUGUACAUUUUAUAUUUUCCCAACUUUUAUCAUAUUUGAUUUUGUAUUUCAAAUUUCAUUUAAUCUUGUAUUUUAAAUUAGUUUACAUUUACAAAAUUGUUUAUUUGUAUUUAAAAAUAUCAAUGAUUUUGAACUACAGUACACUGUAAAUCAGGUUAAGGCAUGAAUCCACUGAUUUUGAAUAACUUAUUUUUGAAGAACUGAGGUAAAAUUGACAUGAACUCUUGAUUUUGAGUAAACUGAUCCACAUUUUUUAAUUACGCAAACAUUUUAUGAACACUGAUUUCGAAUUAUUUGAGUAUCUCACCUGAGAUGAGGUUAAGAAAUCAUUUGACUUGAGUAGAAUGAACAGCAUUUUACAACCCCAAUUCCAAUGAAGUUGGGACGUUGUGUUAAACACAAAUAAAAACAGAAUACAAUGAUUUGCAAAUCAUGUUCAACCUAUAUUUAAUUAAAUACACUACAAAGACAAGAUAUUUAAUGUUGAAACUGAUAAACUUGAUUGUUUUUAGCAAAUAAUCAUUAACUUGAGAAUUUUAUGGCUGCAACACAUUCCAAAAAAGCUGGGACAGGCUCAUGUUUACCACUGUGUUAAAUCACCUUUUCUUUUAACAACAUUCAAUAAACGUUUGGGAACUGAGGACACUAAUUGUUGACGCUUUGUAGGUGGAAUUCUUUCCCAUUCUUGCUUGAUGUACAGCUUCAGUUGUUCAACAGUCCGGGGUCUCCGAUGUUGUAUUUUACGCUUCAUAAUGCGCCACACAUUUUAGGCCAGUCUAGUACCUGCACUCUUUUACUACGCAGCCACGCUGUUGUAACAUGAGCAGAAUGUGGUUUGGCAUUGUCUUGCUGAAAUAAGCAGGGGCGUCCAUGAAAAAGACGUUGCUUGGAUGGCAGCAUAUGUUUCUCCAAAACCUGUAUGUACCUUUCAGCACUAAUUUCACAGAUGUGUAAGUUACCCAUGCCGUUGGCACUAACACAGCCCCAUACCAUCACAGAUGCUGGCUUUUGAACUUUGCGUCCAUAACAGUCCGGAUGGUUCUUUUCCUCUUUGGCCCGGAGGACACGACGUCCACAAUUUCCAAAAACAAUUUGAAAAGUGGACUCGUCUGACCACAGAUCAUGUUUCCACUUUGCAUCAGUCCAUCUUAGAUGAGCUUGGGCCCAGAGAAGCCGGCGGCGUUUCUGGGUGGUGUUGAUAAAUGGCUUUUGCUUUGCAUAGUAGAGUUUCAAGUUGCACUUACGGAUGUAGCGCCAAACUGUAUUUACUGACAUUGGUUUUCUGAAGUGUUCCUGAACCCACGUGGUGAUAUCCUUUAGACAUCGAUGUCGGUUUUUGAUGCAGUGCCGCCUGAGGGACUGUUUUCAGCCUUGCCCCUUACAUGAACCUUUUGAUGAUAUUAUGGACCGUAGAUGAUGAAAUCCCUAAAUUUCUUGCAAUUGUACGUUGAGGAACAUUGUCCUUAAACUGUUCGACUAUUUUCUCACGCACUUGUUCACAAAGAGGUGAACCUCGCCCCAUCUUUGCUUGUGAAUGACUGAGCAAUUCAGGGAAGCUCCUUUUAUACCCUAUCAUGGCCCCCACCUGUUCCCAAUUAGCCUGUUCACCUGUGGGAUGUUCCAAUCAGGUGUUUGAUGAGCAUUCCUCAACUUUCUCAGUCUUUUUGGCCACCUGUCCCAGCUUUUUUGGAACGUGUCGCAGCCAUAAAAUUCUAAGUUAAUGGUUAUUUGCUAAAAACAAUCAAGUUUAUCAGUUUGAACAUUAAAUAUAUUGUCGUUGUAGUCUAUUCAAUUAAAUAUAGGUUGAACAUGAUUUGCAAAUCAUUGUAUUCUGUUUUUAUUUAUGUUUAAAACAAUGUCCCAACUUCAUUGGAAUUGGGGUUGUAUAUUAUGGUCGUGCCUUGAGAUUCCGGUGAGCCAACAUACCAAAUACAAUGUUACACAAUACGAGCUGUCAUUCGGCUGAUUUUUUUUAUUUUAUUUUUUUUGGCUUUGACUUGAGAGCAAAAAAUUAAGAUAUGAGCGCUGUAUGGUGGCAGUGAACACAACAAGCAGCAAAUUGGCAGGAGUAAAAUUUAUUUUUCAAAUAAGAGCCUUCAAGCUGUUUAUUGCCACUCCCAAGUUGAGGUUUCCGGUCAAACUAAACCUAAAAAAAUUUGUGGAUUUAAAACUACCACAUAGCUUUGCCUUAGAAGUGUACAAUUAGCUUAAUGCUAACAAACAAUGCAAAACAAUAUAGACGGGCUAAGGAAACUAGUAUCAAUGUUGCAGUGUUAUAACCCUUUAGGCAAUGGAUAUUUCAACGCAAACUGUGCAUCAGCACAUUAUUACUGCAGCUUACUGAGAAGCUGUGACCGUCUCCAUGUACUGUAUAUCUGUAUGUUUGGAUUACAAUAUACUGCUCCUAAGUUGCGCACAACAAAAGGAGCAGCACAAUGGACAUUGAAUUGAUGCAAAAAUGUGUAAAUAUGAUUUGAGAUACAAAUUAGACUCUUGUCUGAAGGCACCAAUGUGCAGUGUAAGCUUUGAUUUUCAAUUUAUGGCCUGAAGGUUUUGGCAAGUAAUUUUUGUUUUGUUUUAGUAAACUGAACAUUUACAUUUUCUUACAAGUCUAUAAACGCAAUGAUUUUGUAUAUCUGACCAUAAAUUUCUUGAUUUUUGUUUUGUUUUUUUUGUUUUGUUUUUUUCAGUCAACCAAACCACAUUUUCUCGAAUGGAUGCUGCGGGUGUACCUAAUGAAGUGACCACCUUGGGCUAUACAUCAUGAUCAAUAUGUUGUAUUGAUUGAUGCCAAGUUUGAAAUGGAACCUACAUCUUGUGUGGCGAGUUCAGUUUUUUUUUUAACAUUAAUUAGCAAAUUAUGCAGGUUGCCUUUUUAAUGAGUGACGCUGCGGUGCGCAUGCGUGAGGAUAAAAGUGGGUGGGGGGUGCAGUCCACGCGUGCAUCUAUCCAGAGUAGGGGAGGUUUGGGGGGGGGGGAGACUUGGAAAGCUCCACCGCUUGUGGGGCUGCUUGCUGCCGCUUGAAGCGAGAGGAGUGAGCCGGUUUCCCAGAGCCGGAGAUGAUCCCCGGCCGAGCGAGCGCCACGGUGAGCCGGGCUGCGCGGAGCGGGCGGCAGAUGGCAGCCAGAGGUCCGUCUCGUCUUCCACGUGAAGCCGCCUGAAGGGCGAAUGACGGCGGCGGCUCAACUGACGAUCUCAUCCCGUUGAAAGCUCUUCUGAGAGGGACAUCCCCCCCCCCCCUCCCUGCCUCCAGCCUCCCUUCCCCUCGGCACUUUCUCCAUGGCGUCUCCGCAACAGUCCAGGAUUCAGUCCUAUCUUGAGAGGAACAAAAUUGGACCGCUGUUUGAGGAGUUGAUGACUAAACUGAUAAGCGAGACCCCCGACCAUCCCAUCCCUUUCCUCAUCGACCAUCUCCAGAGCAAACAGGACAGCCCGGGAAAGAUGCACCCAGCGCUGUCCGGAUCGGCAGCGCUGUGGGCCCAGAGCUCCCCGGAAAGCAAAAACACUCGACGGGAGUUGCGCCACUACGACAAGCCUUGGCAAAAUUACCCCAGGAAACCCAAGAAGUCCAAAAGUGACCUGGCCGUGUCCAGCUUGUCGCCUCCCUCGCCGGAAUCCAAGUUGUUGCCUCAGUGUCCGUCGUGGGAUUGGAGGGACAGCCGCGACUUGGACGAGCUCAACCACAUCCUGCUGGAGAGCAAGAAGCUGGGCCGGGCCCUGGAGAGCCUUUCUCGCAGCAUUGCCACCUCUGAUGACAUCGAUCAGAAUUUGGGAGGCUUCAACCCGGUGCUGCGCCCCCGAGUGGUGGGCGAGUGGACGGGUCGGGCCGAGGAGGACGCCGACCCGCUGGCCGCCGAGAUGCUGCGGCCCCCCGUCCCACGCGGGAAAAACCACGUCUGCUGGAGCGGCGACGGCCUUCCAGUCGCCAGUGUCCAGAUGGCCGUCAGAGGCAGCAAAGGGGCGAAGGAGCUGCAGCAGCAUCACAAGAAGCUCCUGGCCGCCAUGUUGGCGCAGAACUCGUCGGAACGGCUCGGCAGUCCCGCUCCGUCCGUCGCCGAAGACGACGUGGAGGAGGAGGACGACGACGCCGUGGAGCUUCUGGAGGACCUGGAUGACCUGCGCAUGGAAGGCGUGAGCGGGUUGGUUCCGUCCGGCUGUAAAUUCAGUCAAGGGCGCAGCUCCUACCAUGCGGAACCUCAGGCCAAAGUCACGCUCAACAUCUGUUCUCGAUGUGCCAGGUUGCAGGGCGACAGCGUAGCCGCCAGCAGAUCCCAAGAAGCCCUGCGCCCUCACGCAUCCGAACAAGCCGCGCCCGACAUCUCAUCCACGUUGCCCGAGGUGGACACUUUGGCGGCGACGGCGGCGGGACGGUUGCAGGAAUGUGAGGCGCCGUCUCAAGUGUCCAGCUCUCGUCAGCCUGUCUGGGAGGCUGAUCUCAAAGCUAAGAGGACUGGUGGUCUGCUGUUGGGGGACCCCCUCUUCUCCAAGGAGCUGGAGAGCAUGGGCAAGCAGCUCGCUGAGGUCGAGAAGGACUUGGCCAAGCUGGCAGAAGCGGGGAAGAUGAGCAGUCGGAACAACCCACACAGUCUCCACCACGGUCCUCUCGUCCACCGGACCCUGCCCGACACGCUGCCCCUCACCAGCCUCCUCUGCAGCCCCCACUCGCCGGGCGGCGGCGGCCUCUUGAGCAAGGCGUGCGGUGCGGGCCUCCCCCUCCUCAGCCCGAGGUCAGCGGCCUCGCGGCCGGGCGGUCGCACCGUCAGCAACCCUGGCAGCAGGACGCAGACACCCGGGACGCCCGGGACGCCCGGCGGCAGGACGCUCUUCACGCCCACCGGGCUGCGCUCGGGCUUCAACCCUCACAAGGAGGUGACGUUCAGGAGGUCCCGGAGCCGCCCGGUGACGCCCACCGGACAGCCCGCGCGCACCCGACGGUUGCUCACGCCACCCGGGCUCAGCACCACCGACAGCCUGGGGGCCAGCCUGAGGGCUUAUCUGUCUGAGGAUGAGUUCUACCAGCAGUUGCAGGCCAUCCGGCAGCCUUGGCGCAUCCCCAGCGACACCGACAGCGACAUCAUGGAGCCGCCCGAGCAGGACAAAAGUGCCAGCAUGAGAUCCGUCUUUUCAGUGUGUGAUGUCCUCGAGAUGAACAACACAUCACGACACACAUAACCUGGCCUUUGCGGAAAUGCCCAAAUUUGGGCUGAUUCUUUCCUUCCAGAGGUCGGAAGUUCCCUUUUUGAAUGCGUCCCUGUUAAAAGAGGUUUUGAGAGGAUGUUGCAAUGUGUGUGCGUGUGUUUGUGUGUGUGUGGAACGUGAAAAAGGGUUGCCAGGGCGGCGAAAAGCGACUUGUUUGCUCACGUCCCGACCUGCAGAAUGGACGGGGACACAGAUGGGUUUUUUUUCUUUUUCUUCUGACCUCAACCCCGCUGCGUGUUUGGGGAGACAUGGAAACCUCGGCGGGAACGAACAGGCAUCCAAUUGAACGCAGGAAGAUGUCUGAAUAGAGUGAGACGAGCAGUGAAAGUCGGGGGGCAGGGAGGUUUAUUGAGAUGAGGUCAGUAUAAUGCGAGUCGUCUUAAAAACCGCUUUUUGGGGGGGUACCGGCGAACCCGAUCACCCGCUAAUCACGAGCACGCCUGUGUGGUAGGUUAACACAGCAGUAGCGCAGUGUCCAAUACAAAUCAGCAGAGUCCAGGCCUUGACCUCUCGAGGCUCAGCGCAGCCAUAAAACUUCAAAGCCCCCCCCCCAACUUAAGAAAUCAUCUGGCUUCGUUUCCCCUCCAUAUUUGCUUCUCUCUACGUUUUCUUGUGGGAACCAAGUGCAUCCCUGAUAUUAUCCGAGAAACAUCCAGCGCUCCGCUCGAAUUAUACCACGCCCUGGCCUAUACUGAACCUGUACCGUGGAACGCAAUCUUUUUCAAAAUAAAAUGUCCUCAGAUUGGAAGAACUUCAACUCCACAGGGAGCAACAUUAUCAACUGUCAAACAAGGACAAGCAGAAGUCAACCACUCUUAAAACAUUAAGUAAUAAAAUACUCUUAAGUUUAAAGGGUGAAUAUAAUGUUCAAUUGACUUUUUAAUUGGUUGUAUACAAAUAGUUGCAAGUCUGCAAUUACUCAAGCAAUCACAGUGAACCCUCGCUAUCCGCGGGGUUUAUGGACCGAGCCCCGACAGGAACAGCAAAACUGCAAAAAAGUAAUGGACGCCCAUCCAAAACAUUUUUGUAAUUGCCCAUAAUAAUAGUUUAAACCCUAAAUAUACUCCAAACUAAUAUGAUUUCGAAAUCAUCUUACAGUAUUACCUGUAAAAAUAAAUGGCUUGCAGAUGAUUUGAUUUACAAAGAAAUGCACCGGAAGUGCGAGGAUGCUGGCGUGCAUGUCGGCGCUAAAGUAAAAGGUUUGUAUGUUGCAUUAGAAGUACAAUUGAACCCAAAAGCCAGCUGAGUAAGUGCAUCAGAGUAAAUUUAGCUCGUUAUUACCUACCUUUGAUAAUUACUACUCUCCCCAGUGGCAUUUUCUAGGGGUGCCUGAAAGUCUAAAUGUGCCCGCAGUUGAGUUGUUGCGCCAGGUGACGGAGCUUCAUGUAUCACAAGACUGAGUUUAAAAGGGGGCGGGGUCCAGGAUCCCACAGCGCAGUUGCGACUUGUUGACAGGUGUAGCACCCCGGAAGGUGAAAGUUCACCGGCGGUUGCCACGGUGAUACAAGUCUGAAAGAGUUUCUCGAAGGCGUCCGACAGUGUACUGUACUCACUUCAUUGGGAGUGGUCAUCUUUGAGGCGAACGUUUCAAAAUGCUCAGGAUCUUCUCGUGCUAACAUGUCUCCAGUUGGCGCUAUUUAGCUAUCACGCUUGACAGCGCAGGUGACAGAGGCCCCCGUAGAACACGACUAUGUUUCAAAACGGGGGCCCGUCAGCGUCAGGUUAAAGCAACAUUGGGAAUAGGAGCGAGCCAAGAACAUUAGAGAGGAGAGCGCCGUGAGGGUCCUGGGCUGGGGGGUCUCCGGUUACAUGUUGUCACCCGCCUCUCAACCUGUUUGUCUGUUUUAGCCAAGGAGCUGGGAAAAAAAAAAAAAGGCUGAUGGCGACACGGAUUCAAUGGAGUCCAUUCAGCAGGGAUCCCGCUGCUUACUUUGGCUUCUUAGAAGGAACCUAAUCAAAAGUGAGGCCAUUUCAAGUCAACCAAUCAUGAACCGUUUUGCUGGAAGACGCUCCAGAACGUAUUUUGGCCCCUGUCAGAACCGAUGAAAAUAAAAUUAAUCAGUUCAACUUUACCGGCAGUGUUUGAACUAAACAUUUGAACGCUUUCGUACAACUGUAAAAAGAUGAAACAUUCCCAUUUUCUUGUAUCUAUUGUAUAUGUUUGCCAUAUUGGACUGAGCAGCCUGGACCGAAUGAAGGUGACCACUUGGUGACCACUUGAAGUAAUAUUUUAACAUCCUAAAAAGAAGAUGAGACACUCACUUGGCGACUUAUUAUUGAGCAGCCUUGACAGAAUAACAAGUCGGGUGGCAGGUAACGUUUUGUGUGACGGUUUACAACAUCCUUACUUGUCAAACAAGUGUAAUAAUAAUUUUGUUAGUGUCGAGCGGAAUCCCUGCAUCUCCAAAAUCACUACAGUGGUGCCAUGAGAUAUGAGUGACUCGACUUGAUUUUCUUAGGUUUUUCAAGAUACGAUAAGAUAAUGAAUCGGCACACAAACAUACCUUACUGACUGACCAGUUCUUUCUGCACCAAAGCCUUACAGCAAUUAUUUUUUAACAAAACAAGCUUACUCAAAUGUAUGUAGUUGAACUAUUAUCACUUGUUACUGUGUAAAAGAAAUAUACAGACUUUCAAUCUUGAGGCAACAUAAUGCCACGCGACUCCCGCACUGUGAGGGAAGAGGCAGUUUUUCCGACACGUCUCAGACAGUUAAAGUAUUCAAGAGCGUUAAAAGAUUUGUUCUCAAGCUGUUUUCAGCACUUUUUAAAUUGGUUAGUAACAGACAACAUGAGGACAAACCAAUAGUAUCGAUUUGUUCAAAAUUUGAAAUUGAGUUGACAUAGUUUUCCCGAUUUAUUUUAUUUUUUUUUAUCCAAAUGAGCUACAUGAGGACCAGAAAGUGACUUUCCUCGCAACAGAGGAGAGAGGACCAACCACAUGCACAUGGCAACACGCCAUCUGUUGCUAUGCGUUAUGGGAGCUGUGGAGUCAGAGGUACUUGCGUUAUGUAGCAUACUAACUGGCCGGUAGCAGUCCACGUCAAUCCCUCAGUGCGCCAGCGCAAACAGAUGGACUUCGCGGCCUGAUUGAGAACCCUCAGGAGACCCGCAGAGGAAUGAUCACAUUCAACGGGAGAAUGUUAGACAGUGUAGUUUGCCGCCCUGUCCUCCUCUUCCUCCUCCUCCUCCUUCUCGUCUUCCUCCUCCAGCUGGCCAGCAGAUGGGAGGACCUGCUGGCCAAGACGGGGAGAAAGGGAAUGAGGAAGAAGUGGGCUGAAAGUAAAUGAUAGUGAGUGAUAAGCACACUUGUGGCUGAUGUGAACUUAGAUAGCCUCGAGUGUGUAUAUAUAUAUGUGUGUGUUUAAGACAGCUGUGUGUCUGUGUG